GAGGGUGAUCUGGAAGAAGCCAUACAGCAGCUCAUCAGGACACUAUAGAAAGAAGCAGCUCAAAGCAAUUGGCUGACAGCCAAUUCCCCCUUCUUUCAGAAGGAAAGAAGGAAGAAGCAAACCCCUCCCCCACCAAAGAUGACACUCAACACCGAGCAGGAAGCAAAGACCCCUCUGCACCGGCGAGCCAGCACCCCACUGCCCCUGUCCCCACGGGGCCGCCAGCCUGGCCGCCUGAGCACAGUGCCUUCCACUCAAUCCCAGCAUCCCCGGCUGGGCCAAUCAGCCUCCCUCAACCCUCCCACCCAGAAACCUUCACCUGCCCCAGAUGAUUGGUCUUCUGAAUCCAGCGACUCUGAAGGCUCCUGGGAGGCUCUCUACCGUGUGGUGCUACUUGGAGAUCCUGGAGUGGGGAAGACCAGCUUGGCCAGCCUCUUUGCAGGGAAGCAAGAGAGGGACCUCCAUGAACAGCUGGGAGAAGAUGUAUAUGAGAGGACCCUCACGGUGGAUGGAGAAGACACCACACUGGUGGUCGUGGACACCUGGGAGGCCGAGAAACUGGAUAAAAGCUGGAGCCAGGAGUCAUGCCUGCAGGGGGGCAGUGCCUAUGUCAUCGUAUACUCCAUCGCAGACCGAGGCAGCUUUGAGAGUGCCUCUGAGCUCCGCAUCCAGCUGCGGCGCACACAUCAGGCAGACCAUGUGCCCAUCAUCCUCGUGGGCAACAAGGCGGACUUGGCCCGCUGCCGAGAAGUCUCUGUGGAAGAGGAGACAAAGUUUUGCUGUGUUGCCCAUGAUGGUCUCAAACUCCUGAGCUCAAGAGAUGCUCCCACCUCAACAUCCCAAGGUGCUGAGAUUUCAGGCAUAAGCCACUGGGUCCCACCCUGCUAUCAUAUCUUAAGGCCUUGCAGAAACCAGGAUUUGUUAAAGGUAAGAUAUUCUGAGACUGUGAAGACCUGCUUAUGAGUCUCUGCCUGGCAUAUGUAUUCACAUGUUUUUGUCUGUCUGCCCCACAGGAAUGAAAGCUCCUUGAGGGAAGGGCCCUCAGUGCUGCUCUGAUCCCAGCACCUACAACAGUGCCUGGCUCAUAAUAGGUGCUCAGUAAAUAUUUGUUGAAUGAAUUAAUUCAUUAUCCAUUAAUAGAUAUCCAUUAAUUCAUUAUCCAUUACCUGUAAAGUGGCCCUUCCAAUCCUGUCCUCUCUGAUUCUAGGUGUCUGUGAACAAGGAAUGGAAAGCAUGUAAGAAAACCACACUCUUCCUCAGCCUAUUAUAGUUUAAAAAGUACUUUCUCAUCCAUAAAAACAAAACCAAAAAAAAAAUAGCUAACUUUGUUUUAACUGUUUCUCUGUGUUAGUGUUGGGCCCCAUGCUACAUGCUGGGUACACAUUUUCUCAUGUCCUCACCACCACAACCCUCUACUUAAUAGGUACUGUUUAAUAGAUGAGAACACAGAGGCUAAGAGAACCCAAGAAUCUCUCCAAGGCUACACAGCAAGAAAGGGCCAGAUCAAUGGUCGAGAGGCAGGCAGGAACUGCCAUCUUAGUUGUACAAUUAGGGAAACUGAGACUCAGAGAGAGGAGACGAGUUGUCCAACCCCAAAGUUAUGUAAUAAACAGCAAGCAGUUAGAUCACUCUUACUAUGUACCAGGUGCUUCAGGUGCUGUCCUAAGUGUUUUUCAUACAUUAAUCAUUAAAUCCUGAAACACCGAUCCUAUUAUCACCACCCCAGUUUUCAGAUGGAGAAACUUGUAGCACAGAGAAGUGCAGUACCCCACCAAGAUUGCACAGUUAGCAAGUAGCAGAACCAGAAUUCAAACCAGGGAGAUCUAGCUCACAGCAUUAAGAGGUGGUGUGUGUUACACCAUUUGUCUGUACAGCAAGCCUGGAACAGGCUGGUAUAAAAAGGAAGGUGUCUUUGUCUCCAGCCCUGCUGCCUGAGCUAGGGGCAAGAUAGAGAACAAAAGCGCAUUGACAGCAUCCUCAGCUGCCAGCUGGGACUUUCCACCUUGAAGGGAGGAUACUGUUAUGGAAAAAAUGAUAAAGCUCUGGGAAGAUGGAUUUCUCCCCAGGGGCCCCCAAGCCUCCUCAGAGUCCCUCCUCUUGCUGUGGGGGAGGGCCACAAACUGUGCUGGCCUGGUCCAGAUGAGACAAAGGCCACCUGGAUCCCAAGACACCCAGCCAGGCUGCUCGAAUACUGAGGAUCACUGGCCUUGGUGGAAAGUUCCAAUUUCUCACCCCAGGCAUGAAGCUUCUGCUCAGGGACCCCCGAGAAAUCAGGUUCAGGCUGGAGCUCCCUGUCCUUGGAGAUGGGAAAUACACAUCUCAUAGGGCCCGCUCUCUCCUUUCUUCAUUCAACAAACAUGGACAAGGAUGUGGGCUCUGAAGGAAGGUAGAGAAUGUAGAGAGGAUCACAGCUGGUGGGUACAGGAACUUCCAAGUCCCUGCCCUGGCCACAAAGGGAAGGGGAGGGUAAAAGAGGGUUAGAAGUAGUGAAAAAUUCACCUACAACUGCUUUGUAAUGAUUAAGAAUCCCUCCGGUCUGUCAUGACCAUAUGACCUUAGGCAAAUCAAAAUAUACAGAGUGAAGGGGUUAGCAUAGAAUUCUCUAUGUAAUUGUCUGUGUCUCCAGAAUAUUUAAAUAUUGUAGUUCAACAGCUUGAAAAAAUAUACAAGUUCAGUUUCAAUUUGAGCACUGUUCCCUUCUGUUCAGUUCAGGGUUCAGUUAAAAAUAAUACGAAUGAUGGGAUGGGAGCUCUGGGUGCAGCAAUGUGUGUGGUUUUACCCAGUUCCAUAUGGUUCAAGUUCAAGGCUAAGGUGUGUGUGUAUGUGUGUGUGUGUGUUGUGGCUUAUAUUCCCAUCCAUUGUGGAUGUGACAAUUUAUUGGUGGAAA